AUGGCCCCAACCAGUUUUAGAACCAAAAACAACUUGNAAAACGUGGCGGAUUUUCUAAAGAACGCCAUUACAAACGCCUUUGAAUUAAACUGCUCACCAAAACCCAGGAAUCCGGUGAACAAGAUCCACUGGUGGAAUAAAGAGCUCGCUAAGCUCAGAUUGGAUACGAGAAAGAAAUUCAGUAAGGCGAAAAAAACAGGAUUUGCAGUACACUGGGAGGCCUUUAGAAGCUCCCAACGAGAGUACAGCAAGGAAAUUAAGAAAUCAAAAUGCAAAAGCUGGAGACGUUUCUGUNAAAGCAUUGAGAGCGCCCCGGAGCCAUCCAGGCUUCACAGAAUCCUCAGCUUGGACCACCGUCCUCAAUUAGGCUGUCUCAAGCUCCCAACGAGGAAUGUCACUGAGGAGGCAACGGACACAUUGAAACAUCUACUAGAAGUCCACUUCCCAGGUUUUGAUCAUAACAUACAACCCUGCCGACCGCAGCCUAGGGAAUAUAAACCCAGGGACUGGCGUCUGGCAGCUGAGGUUGUCUUUCCAAAGGGAGUUGAGUGGGCUGUUAAGACCUUCUCUCCCUAUAAAUCACCUGGACCAGAUGGAAUCUACCCGGUUCUUCUCCAAGAAGGGCUGGGGAUUCUCAUAGGUCCACUCACAAAAAUCUUCAGGGCUAGCAUAACCCUAAGACACGUCCCCCAGGCUUGGGGUGGCACAAGA